AUGGCUCAAAACAAAAGACACCCAUGGCUUAGACUUAGAUUGACCGAAAACGAGCCAAUCCGAGCAACUCCCCGAGGAGGAAAAUACUCCAAUCAGAAGCCAAAAUCAGUUUUAAGUAUUUGUAGCAAACAAGCCGAAUUAAAGAAAAAGCAGGAUAAAUUAGAGAGAUUAGAGAAAUUUUUUGAUAGUAAGACACUGGAUAAUAGCACUAAUAAAGAUAAUGGUCUUUCUCUAUCUGCCAAAAUAGCGAUUGGCGGUGGCAUAGCGCCUGAAAAAGGGGAAAUUAAGCCUCCAAGAUUAAUUGGGGUUGGUAAGAUAAUCAGUAAUUAUAAAGAAAGCAAAAUUAUGUGCGAACAAAUAAAAUCAGUUAGCAAAAAGCGGUUAUCAAAAAAUAAAGUUGGUGUUUUGCCGCCUGAACUAUUAGCCAAAACCGAAAUUAAAUUAAAAAAAGUUUUAGCCUUUGAGGACAAAAUUAGAUACUUUUUAUUCCAAAAGGGAGGGGUGGGAAAAUCUACUCUUGCCCAAGCAUUAGCCAGCGGGACCAGUCAGCAAAAAAUAAAAACCUUACUAGCGGAUUAUGACCCUCAACAAAAAACUAAAAUAAUUAAACAAGAAAAAGACUUUGACUUAACGAUUAUUGAUGGGCCCGCCCGCACUAGCCAAGGAACCUUGGAAAUCGCCAAGCGGGCUAAUUUAGUAAUUCAGCCUACGGGGGCAAGUUUAGCCGACUUAAAGCCUUCGGUUAAUGAAUUUCAUGCGUUAGUAAAAGCCGGUAUUCCUAAAAAAAAAUUAGUAUUCGUGCUUAACCAUUUAGCCACUAAAAGCGAGGAGGAAGCCGCCCGAAAAUAUUUAACUAUGGCGGGUUAUUCAGUGCUUAAUCAUUCCUUAAAAGAAAAAGCCUCUUAUCGCUUAAUUCAAAAUGAGGGAAAAAGCAUUAGUGAGGUUAUUUAUAAGGGUUUACAAAAAGAAGCCAAAGGAUUAGUAAAAGAAAUCAUAAAAACUCCGCCUUCUCUUUUCGAAACUACUUCUCAUUUGCAAUUGCCGGAAGUAAUUGGGGAAAAAGUAGAUAAAAGAACUUUGCGAAAGACUGGACGAACCGAGCAAUUUGCUACUAGGGUAAGUAAAGAGUGGUUGGAAAAAGUAAAAGGGAUAGCCGAAAAAGAAAAAUUGAAGUUGGUGGAAGUGUUGGAGAGAAUGUUAGAGGUCUAUGAAAAACAGACCCAACUGAUAAGUCUAAAAAAAGACAAAGAAAUCAAGGAAAUUUUUUCGAAUAAGUUGGUAAAUGAUGGCGGGGAGGAAAUAAAUAGUUUUUGCUCUUUUUUCCCGGGAGAUGAACAAAAGGAUCGAAUUACCUGUGCGAAACCUCUUUUUGAUAGAAAAAAAGUCCUUUGUCGUUCUCAUAAUCGCCAAGUUCGCAAAAGAUUUAAUGAAUUUACUAAGGGCAUGUCGGUUAGCAGCACCGCGGCUUGGGAAAUGUCCGAGGCAAAAUAUUUUGACCAACCUCAUAUUAGGGUGGGUAAUUAUGGUCUAAGAACUGGUAAAAAAUUAGGUGAUUACUAUUUUUGUGCUUUGGAUAUUGACAAGCAUGGAGAACAGUAUCAUUUUCCCCAAAUUUCCUAUGUGGAAAGUUAUAAGGGCAGGCACUAUUAUUUGCUCUUCCGAAAGUUGCCGGAAAAUAUUCCGUUAUUCUAUCAGGGAGAAAAAAUUGGUCGCUUAAUGUCGCAAGGAAAACAAGUUAUCGGCAGUGGCUCGCUUCACCCGAUGGGAAUUACUUAUAAGUUUAUCGAAAGAGGAGAAACAUUUUUGAAGUUUGAAGAUGAACAACAAUUAGCCAAUUAUUUGCAUGUUUCAGAGGACAAAGAAUAUUGUGAAAUUCAUGCUUUUGAAAAUAUAAUGAACCAAUCAUUUUCUCUUAAUGAAGAAAUAGUAAGUAAAGAACAAUUAGGAGAAAAAGAAAUUAGAAAUAUAUUAUUAAUAGGAUACACGGGAAAUGGCAAAUCUACUCUUGCUAAUGUGAUAACAGGAACUAAUAAUUUCAAAGAAAGCGAAGGCGGUAUUAGUGAAACUAAGGAAGUGCAAAUUGAAGAAUUUGAACUAGACGGUAUAACUUAUCGUAUAAUUGACACGGCGGGAAUUGGUGAUACUCAAUUGUCAAAAGAGGAAAUAUUGAAUAAGUUAGAAAGUGCAACUAGUGUCAUUCGUGAUGGUUUAAGCCAAGUAUUAUUUGUCACUAGUGGUCGCUUUGCUGAGAAAGAAAAGCAGGCCUAUAAUUUAUUACAAGAAUUUCCGAAAAAUCGAAAAAUUGAAAAAUGUGAAGCGGAUAAGCAGAGGAUGAUUGCCAAGGAUCAAGAUUUAGCAAAGAUAAUUGAAGCAGCUAACGGUUUUAUUCAUGUAAAUAACUUAACUGAAGAAGAAGAGCCUGAAUUGAGGUCUCGAGAAGAUUCAAGAAGAAAAUUGUUAGAACAUUUGAAAACUUGCCAAACAGUUUACCAAACUGAAUUUCUUAGUAAGUUUUGUGAGGCGGUUGAAAAGUUUAAUUUAAUUGUAGAAGAAACUGAGCAAGCAAUUAAAGUUACAGGCUCUCAUUUUAAUGGUUACAACGAUCAAUUAAAAAAAUUUGUUUCUGACCGAGAAGUAGUAGUUAAGUUGGUUGAAGAACGCAAGGAAAAAUUAAAUGAACACAUGAAAAACAGGUUUUUUAUUAAUACUACGGGUCACGCCAUUUCUUUAAGCGGGAAAUUUUUGUUAGUUGCAGGAAGUUUAUAUGAUUUGUUUGAAGAAAAUCUUAACAAAGAUAAAGAGAAUCGUGAAAAAUUAGAAAAUUUACAAACUGAGUUAAAAAAUUCUAUUGGUCGAUUCAGGGAAAUUUAUGAUCAGUUCAAGGAUUCAGAGUAUAAGAAGCAGGAUAUAGAUAAAAAGAAAAUUGAAGUAGUCAAAAAAGUAUUAAAAAAGGUGUUGGGAGAGGAAAUUGAAACUAAUGAAAAUCAAGGCUUCUAUCUUGCUUACCGAGAUUACCGAGAAAUAGAAAAUCGCACUUCUUUGUCUGAUAUGGAAAAAGAAGAGCCUUUAAACGAGGAAUAUAAGGAAAUCGAGGAUUGUCAAAAAGAAAUAGAAGAGUUGUCAGUCAGAAAUAAAAGUCAACUAUCUAUCACUUCUCAAACCGCUGCCACCCAAGGCGAAAGCAAAUCAAUAAAAUUAGAAAAAUUAGUGACAGAAGAACCAAGGGAAAUAGAUGAUAAUGCUAUCAAUCAGAACUGA